CAUAAAUUAAUGAAUUUUAAAAUUCUAAAUCGUUCCAAAUUUUAGUCAAUUGCAUUUAUUAGUUUGGAACUACUGAUUAUUGCAUUUUAUAAAUAUUUGUAUUGCCAUGUCCUUUUUUUAAACUCGUUGUAAAAGUUAUAAACGUUAAAUCUGAAAUUAGUAAUAUUUAAUAAGUAAAAUAUAUUCUCCAAAUACUAAAAUUUAUUUUAAUAGUUGAACAAUGUCUAUGCCCGUAUUUCCAUCAAAUACACCUCAAGUUCCUCAAGCUAUGCAACAAGUACAACAGCAACAACAGCAACAACAACAACAACAACAACAGCAACAACAGCAGCAACAACAACAACAACAGCAGCAGCAGCAGCAACAACAGCAGCAGCAGCAGGAAAAAUUAGACAAUAUAUCAAAAGUGAAAACUCAAGUGAUUCAACUCAAAGAAUCAUUAAGUUGUGUAUUACGAGCAGCUUCAUAUACUUUACAGCAAAAUCAUUACAUAGACACAGGAUUAUUAAAAACUGUAGAAAUACCCGGUCCCCGAUUUGAGAAAACCAUUGAGGAAUUUUUUUCGAUUUGUGAUCAAAUUGAAUAUAAUCUUAAGACUGCCAUUGAGUGUCAACAACAAGGUCUAAGCAGUCAGCGCUAUAUACCACUGAUGGUUUAUCCUACAAGAACAGAACCAUUACCAGCACAGGAGUUAAGUUCACUCACAUACCCUCAAUAUUUAAGCACAGUUCGAUCACAGAUUUCUUAUUUAAAAGAAAUUCAAGAAUUAUUGUUGUCUGCAACUCAAAAUAAUUCUAAUGAAUAAUAAA